AAGUAGACUGUUAAACUCAGCGGAGGCAAAGCAAAGGAAUUAUGUUUAUGAAAGCCUCUUAAAGAAGCUAGUCGCGCUGCUCUGAAGUCCUGGUUGGGCUCCCAGGACUAGUAUAAGUUGGCUAACCAGAUGUUAACUCAACUCAAACGCCAUUAGAAUUGUAGGUACAGCGUUUCCAAGAGGAGGGAGAAGUAUUACGACAUCAAACCGAGCUUCCUGAACUGAAGUGACCAAAACCAGGAGCCGCAGAGGACGCCGAAGGUGAAAAACAGAGUUCAGGAAAAGGUUAACCACCGGUCCGACGUGGUGAGAUAUUUAUAGUAGUCAGUUCGGAUUAACUUUUGGUGAAGCUUACGGGACUUUGGCGAUGUCUCUGGCCGACCAGGGCCAGCGGUGGUUCCCUACGAGUGUCCAGGUAACGGUGCAUCAGGCUCGGAACCUGCGUGUCAAGGGCAAGAAUGGCACCAACGACUCGUACGCCAUCAUCCAGAUGGCCAAAGACAAGUUUUCUACCUCCGUGGCUGAGAAAUGUGUCGACCCAGUGUGGAAGGAAGAGGCUUCGUUUGACCUGCCGCUCUUCCACCCGGGAAACGCUGAGCGCUGCACGCUGUAUAUCACUGUAAUGCACCGGCCUCAAGUGGGGCUCGACAAGUUCCUGGGCCAAGCCGUGAUAAACUUGCUGAAUCUCCAUGACGACAAGUCUCGUAAAAAGACAGAAUGGUUCAAGCUGGUGGACAAGUCCGGAAAAGAGGACAAGGCGCGAGGGGAGGUGCUGCUCGAUAUCCAAUUUAUGAGAAACAACAUGUCAGCUAGCAUGUUUGACCUUUCUAUGCAGGAUAAACCACGCUCCCGCAUCUCAAAGCUGAAGGACAAAGUCCGUGGGAAGAAAAAGGAUGGUUUCUCUGACUCUGCUUCAGCUAUUGUUCCCCCUGUCAGCCAAGUCCUCACCGACAGCGAAGGAGAGGCUGAUGCACAGUCGCUCAAUCAUUCUCCAGGAGCAAAAAAGAAAUCCAAGCUCAAAACCCUCUUUGCCCCCAAAUCUAACUUGCAGCGCAACAUCUCACAGUCCAUGUCUACCCUGGGGACACUCCCUGAGAAGAAUUCAUCUCUCAGUGGCAGCCGCUCAUCUGGCCUCAAUGUAGACUCUCCUGACGUGAAAAAGAAAUUCAAAUUUCUGGGGCACAAGCGAACGGGCAGCUCUGACAGCAAAGUGUCGCUGGGUCCUUUCUCCCUACUGGGCCGCUCCAAGCAGAGCAACAGUGACCUGAACAACCUGUGCAUCAACGGCAGCCACGUGUACACGGAGGAGGAAGAGCCCAAGAGUGGAUCUACACUCAGUCUGAACAGCUCGGGCCAAGGUUCUGUGGAGGAUGUCCGCAAACACACUUCUGAUCUUUCAGCAGAUUCCUUUAAAAGUGUACCUGUCCCCUCCCACAAGCAGGAGUCCGCAGACAGAGCUUUACUAGAGCAACAGCGCCAUCAAGAGGAAGAGGAAAGAAGGCAGGCAGAAGAACGGCGCAUAGCAGAGGCAAGGAGGCAAGAGGAAGAGGAGAAAUACAGGGCAGAGGCCAAGAGACUGCAGGAGGAAGAGGAGCGCAGACAGCAAGAGGAGCAGGAGUGGAAGAGACGCUUCCUCGAGGAUGAAGCAAGGAGGAAGAAACAGAAGGAGGAUGAAGAGAGAAGAAAGCAAGAAGAAGAAAAUCAGAAGCUCGAGGAGGAGCGUCGCAGGGCAGAGGAGCAGAAACGUCAAGAGGAGGCAUCCAUGAGUGACAGACUGUCAACUCUGUUUGGAAUGAUCAGAAAAAAGGAGGAGAAAAAGGAGGAGGUGCAGCAGCAAACUAAAGAGGAUCUGCCCACCCCAGCCCCUCGCAGUGACUCGAGAGAUCCGGAUCCACCUGUCUCCCACCGGUUCACCAACCCGUUUGAGGAUGUUCCUUUCAGCUCAGACCCUCCACCAAGCAGUAGUGAAAGCAUAACCGACAAUCAGAAAACCAGCCGCAACCCACAACCCCCCUCUGCCAUGGUCUUCCUCAACCGCACUGCUAAAGUGUCUGCAGUCAAACCCAGAUUUACUCAGUCUUUGGAGUCUGAACCUGCUGACUGCCAAACUCCCAGCAGUCAGCUGUGUCCUUCCCCAACCAACUCUGAGUCUACCCUGUCUAUUGUCCCGUCUGAAUCCCCCGAUACUUUCUCCAACCUCCACUCAUCCCUGGCUCCACCACACAUAAGUGAAAGCCUGUCUGGUUCUCCUCGUGGCAGCACAGAGGAUUUGUCAUCUGUGGAAUCUUCACUCAUCAUGGCAGAUCAGAAGAGAAGAGCGCUUCUACCACCCACAUACCCUGCACAGGGGACACAAACUGGCGGCAGUCAUGUUCCUAGAGAGAUCAAGAACCCUGCAUACGUGGAGGUUGAUGGAUCACAGCAAGGCAAAAAAAUGUCUCUACCGCUUCCUGAUUAUGAAACCCUCUUUCCUCAGAAGAGGCACGGAGUGCAAGGGCAGACUCGGUGGGAUCACAUAAUUGCUGAGGUGAAUCAGAGGCAUAGGGACUCUCCCCCUGAAUUACUGGGUCCAGAGAUGAGUGUGGAUGCCCCAGAGGAGCUUAGCCCAAGUCCUAGGUCUUCAAUAACAGAGGAGAGUCCUGCUGUGAGGCAAUAUCAGACACAACCUCGGGAGACCAAACCUGUUUCUACAAAAAAGGUAGCGGCCCCUGCUCCCCCUAAACCAGUGAGAUCCCCAUCCCCUCAGCCAGUAAUAGAUUUAAGUCAAAGACAAAGCCAGGCUGUUGCUCAUCAAUCUUUCACGAAGCCUACUCCCUCUGCAGUCCCAGCAUCUGCAAAAACUAACACGUCAAGCAGAGGGACUUCCAGAGAUGCAGCAAGGAAAGUGCUGCACCCUUCACCCGCUGCCACACCUGCACCCAGACCACCUAGCCAAGUGGACUGGGCUUCAACCCCAUCAGAUGAACAAGAAAAAGCACAAGUCACCAUGAACAAGGAAGCACCCACAGCUAAACCCAGGCAAAGAAAUAGUGGCAAAGAGCCAACGAAGGAAGAAGAAUCAGCUGUGAACAGUAACACACAAAAACUGUCUAGUUUAGAUACGAGCAACAUGGACACAAAAGACAAGCAGACAAAGGAGAAUUUUGUAGAUUUUGACCCAUUCCCCAGUACAGAGCUCCUGUCCAAAGACCCAUGGGGACAGCUGAAGCCGAUCCAGGAAGUAGACGACUUUUUUGUUGGCAAUGUACAGAAAGAGCAGAAACCUGAAGAUCAGGGAAUGACAGCAGAUGAUCUAAAUAAAAUUUUUGAUCAAGAAACACCAUCAGACCCCUUUGCUAAUUUUACUCGCAGGGAUUCAGACAAACCCAGUGAAUACAGGAGAACAAAUGAAGAUUUGAAGCAAGGCAGCCCUGUGUUCCAAAGAAGGAAUUCACAGAGAGGAAAGAAGAUUCCUCCAACUCCAUCUCACUCAGAAAACAAGACUUUCAUGUCUCAACAAGAACCAGCAAACAAAGUAGGAACAAGCUUACCCACAGCCAAUCAAGAAUUCUCCUUGAUAGAUGUCACUAGUGGGCCAGUCACACUGCAGCCUCAAGCUGAGGUGAAAACACAAAACAGUUUUUAUGUCGCAGAGGAUCCAUUCGGAGCUGAGCCUUUUACUGUCCCCUCAGCUGUGACUUCCUCACAACCCAUCCAGGUAGUUAUGGAAGAAGCAGCAUAUCAGGCAGGAGGCUUGUCUGGGGGAAAGUCUCCUUUGCGAGCAUGGGUGUCCCCCUCUGAAGUUCAGGCUGUCAGUACUCAGAAUAGCAAUGGAGGUGGACUAGCCGUACCUCCACGCAGGCCUCAUCCUGUGAAGCCCAUGAGCUCAGCUGAGAGCCAGCAUCCCAUCAGCACGCCUGCUGUGAAGGAGAUAAAGGUCCGUGACAUUGCAUCAGGGAAGACAAAGGUGGGAAACUCAGCGGAAAGUGGCCCUUACACUCAGCUGACACAGGAAGAGUUGAUCACGCUGGUGGUGAAGCAGCAAGCUGACUUGUCCAAGAAGGACGCCAAGAUCGUUGAGCUGGAGGAGUACAUAGACAACCUGCUGGUGCGCGUUAUAGAGGAGCAACCCAGCAUCCUGCAUGCCCUCAACGCUACCAAGCCAGUGUGAGAUAACGUCACCUGGAAGAAGACAGCCCCACUAAAGGACUCAGCUGUAUUUCUUGUGUGUGUGUUUUUACUGUUGAAACACAAUCUUCAUGAAGGUCUUGGAGCAAAUGCACUUUUUUAGUUCCAGAGUCAAACAGGUUUGCUGGAAAAUUGUCUCUGAAGUAAUAACAUUUGGUGAUCCAUAACACGCUAGUAGGAAAUCUUUAUAUAAGCAAAUGAAUGUAUUUACUUUGACACUAAGGUACUGCAAUUUGCUUUAAAAGCUUAUUAGGUGAUAAUAUAUUUAGAAUUUUGAUUUAUAUACCAUACUUGAUGAAACCUGGGUUGAGCUUUAUUUAAUAUACUUAAAAUGUGUAAAGAAGUGUUUGUUUUUUUUUAAACUAUUUUCUGGCCUUUUUACUCUUUGUGUAGUGUAUAACUUCAUGCUGUGUGGUGAAUGAUCAUAUUUAGGAUGUCGUUCAGCCACUUGACGUUCAUGGAUCCUUUCCCCUGCCACUUAAGUCUUAUUUUUUAAUUUUCUUUGUGCAUGUAUUAUUUUGACCACAUAAUUAAAAUGUAUCCUUUUGUGCUCACCACAGUGGAAUGUCACCUAAUCUAGUCCUUAAGAACAUAUUGUGCCUAUUGUUGCUAGAUAAGGUGGUAUUUAGAUAAACCAGCAGCAAUGACGAAGAGCUACCUGCUGCUAUUUACUGUACAUAGUUUGAAUAAUUCGUUACUGCAUUUCUUUUCCGUCUUCUUGUUGUUUUGUAGUCUGUGCACAGUUUUAAAAUAUCAAGCGAGCAAUAGUACAGAAUCCAGUUCUUCUUAAAUGAAUGAUUUUGAUCACUGUGAUAUUUGUGUUGCAUUUAUGAAAUAAAAACCAAGCGAUAAUCAGAAGCUAAGGAACAGUAAUCAGCUCAGUUUCAGUGAUAGCCAGCCUCGUCUUUGUAUUUGAACUACACUAAUGAAUGCCUUUGCAAACUAAAGCUGUUUAAUGUCUUGGCAGAAAUUAUAGCAAUAUUAAUCCUCAGAAUGUACAGACCUGUGCCUUCAAACUCACUUUUGUGACUGUUAUGUAUGGAUUGCUGAAUAAAGAGUUGUUGGAUGCCUCAUCAUAGAACAAGCAGCCUGAUUUAUCGGGUGUGACACAAAAUCUAUACUCAGUUGAUGUGUAAACGUUUGAAAGCAGAGAUGCUGAGCGACAUGGGUUUACGUAUUUGAAAUAAAGACUAGUUUUGUCACCA